GUUGAGUAUUGGGAGAUGAAUUCAGUAUCGAUGUGGAAUGAGCAUCUUAACGUGGACGGUUGGGCUCCAUACCAUCUUCCAGUUCGUACCAGUGACCAGUGAAGUUGGAGGUGGACACUGUGGUAGUAACAAGUGGGGACCUGCAUGUGACAGGAACUGUCCAUCUAACUGUCGCCCUUUUCACGAUAUCAUUCACUGUGAUUUCACUACAGGAGAGUGUCUAGAAGGUUGUAACGGGGGAUAUCAUGAUACCUUCUGUCGCAAAGAGUGCAACUCUAACUGCAUCAACAACAUCUGUAGCCAAGUAGAUGGCGAGUGUACCAGUGGGUGCAAGAAUGGGACAUCGUGUAUAGUUACAACGCCACCAACAAACAAGCCUGAUACAAAUAUCACGCAGACACAUUGUGAUUUCACUAGCUGCCUCAGUUUCAGUGUUCCCUUGAUCAUAGUGAGUGUGUUUUUGUGUGCACUGACAGGAUUGUUUGCAUAUGUCAUAUGGCGCAGGCACAAAAGGCGGAGAAACAAGAAGGCUGAUAAGGGUCCUGUAGAUGAAUCGGUUGAGAUGAACACACUGGAUAGUGGACACAGCCAUUGAUGCUUUCAGCACAAAAAUUGUUCAUUUCUGCAAGUAUGGAUGGAUGUCG